UUUGAUGCAGUUGGCUAGGUUGCUCUGUGCUGAGAGGCGGUGGGUAAUGAUCUGUACACCGACGCCCAACACCCUCCAGUCUGCUGAUCUCCGCUAUAUGCACGGACGUCUGGUGGUUUUGCGCAAUCUUCCUUACGGAAAUCCCGACGGACAGGCUUGGAUCAAGGCGAUCGCUUGACUGUUCGAGCGGAAUGAGAUCAUCGGCUUCUAUCGCUUGCAGCAUCUUCUUAGUCGGAUUAUGAUGCGGCAUACGAAGGAAUCGAUCCGCGAGAUAUUGCCCGAACCCAUCCGUUGGACAGUGUUUAUCGAUCCUACACCAAGUGAAUACUCGCAGUACAACGGCAUCGUAGCGGCUGUGAGAGCAACUUGGUCAUCACUAACAUGGAUCCGAAGAAACCGGGGUAUAAGCAUCCAGACAGUCUGUUGAACCCAAUCAACCGGAAGGAAGUCUUACGUGUGGUCUCCAAUCUGCGGUCAGCAUGCUGCGGUGGCGCUACUAUGAAAGUUUCGUUGGCUGCGUCGUCUCAACUGGACACGAUCAAUAUGCUGCACGCUCUACAAGUGGAAGUCGAGGAUUUGGGAGUUGUAAUCGACUAUCUUCGAAAAGUGCAGCUCCCAGGGGUGGUUACGCAGUGUGGAUGCUGUAAACGCAAGCUACAAUUGCUCAUGAUUAUCCCGUGCGGACAUCUCUGCUGUGCUGACUGUGUGGAAGAUCGUAUGAAAAGAGUUGGGCCAAGUUGCUUUCGUUGCAACGCUGUGUUUGACCGUGAAGCGUUCCAAAGCAGGUGUUGA